AUGACCUCUUCAAAGACGAAUGAUGGCGCCGCGGAGAACGGAGUGGUCGCAGAGAACGAUGCGGUCACGGAUCAAUCCCCGCAAGAUUCACACGUACCUCACUCCCGCGACCGCUUCGAUGACAAUCUCCCAGAAAUUCGCUCCAGUCCCAGCUGUGAACUCCCAGAAGUGCCUGCGCCCGACUUUGAUCAUCUUCAGACAGCAGCAUCCUCCCCUAGCGACGGCCGCAACAGUACCAACAGUAAUGUGCUUGGGCCCUCAGUGAGGUCUUCCUCCAUGGCACCAGCGAUGACUUCAACCGGUCCUGAGCCACCCGCCCUGGCACCACCCGUCCUUAAUCUACCUGCCCCCACGCCAACCUCCGUUGAGCCACGACCUUAUAAGCCGGAUGAGCAGGAGAUUCAAGGCGAGCAUCCUAUUCGGGACGCGUGGGAUGCAGAAUUUCAGGCAGAGGUAAUCGAGGCUCUGGAGACCACUAGAUGGACCUCCAUCGAUAUCCUGCGGAUCGGCUACACUGGUGUAGGUGAAGAAGAGGGUCCUCUCCCCGUGGUGCUCUGGAUCGGUGUUCGCCCAGGAAGCCUAACCUGGGAUGAUGGGAUGACUAUUGUCGAAGCCUGCGAUCCAGCACUGAGGGCACUUUCGGUCUCUACCUCCAACCCGGCAAGAACAAUCCCCAUCGAGGGAGCAUAUGGGCUGUUACAUGCCAGACACGUCGUCUUUCCUACAAAGGACAAAGAUGAAAAAUAUCAGUACAAGCACACCAGCCAACCGCGUAUCGAUAUCCUGUUACCUUCAGACAAAACUCUCGAGAAAGUCACAAAGAGCGCUGCGAUUCUCCUGGCCGGGAGUUCUAUGCGACUAGCAGCUCUCGAGAAGAAGUUGGCGCUGGGCACACUCGAACAAACGCAGAAGCUGGAUGAAGCACGUAUCCGUCUCGCAGAAAGUAGAGACCUUGUGGACAAAACACUACCCAAAUGGCAAAGCACAAGAGAUCGUAUAUUCGGCCAUGUCAGAAUUGCCCCUCCUCUUGAGACGGCUCAGUCCAUGAACCCAUCAACGGAUUUGUUUUGGCCACGCCGCGACUGGGCUCUGAUAGGAGUCAAUGAAGACAAACAUUCAGGACCGGUGGCAAAUAUCAUCGAUGUUGAGGCAGGGCUCGGCCCGGGAGCGCCCAACUAUACAGAAAUGUUGGCCCGUCACUUGACGACUUAUCCAACGAGUCCAUCCUUCGAGGAGCUGCUAUCCGAGGAUAAACUGCUCCGGUUUGGAUUGGUAGUACCAAUCGAUGAGCUACGAACGCCCAAAAUGCUUCACCCGCAAGAGGACCCUUGCCUAAUCGUGGCCAAGAGAGGCGGAAUAAGCGAUUUGACAUGGGGACACCUCAACGGGCUCAAAUCGGUUUUGUGGCACGACGACGACUCAAAAUCGACGGAAUACUGCGUGGUUACUGGCACCCACAUGACCCCUUUCUCCGUUAGGGGGGAUUCCGGGUCAGCUGUCUUCGAUCUCGCCGGCAGGGUUGUUGGAAUCAUCGUUGGCGGUGCCGAAGGGCCGUGUGGUAGGGAGUCGAUGGAUGUUACGUACGUGACCCCGAUGGCGUGGCUGCAGAAAGACAUGAACGAUUGCGGGUACGAGGUUGAAAUCGCAUAG